AAUUAAAACAAAUAAAGUAAAAAACAAAGAAAUCCAGCCCGCACGGGGAGGACAGAUUCGCCUUCGCGAUGAUUCUACCUCUUGGUAUCGAUCUUCAUCUACAGCUCUUUCUUCCUGAAUUCACUCCAGCCGUUACACCUUAGCCUGAAUUGGAGAUCCAAUCCCCAAAUUCACUUUGCCCAACUCCCGAAUCUCUCCUUAGUCUGCAUAAUUUAGGGUUCCUUCCGCUAUCUCUCUUUGUAUUUUCACUCACAGAUUGUCAUCGUUUGGUUUGCAUUCAGUAAAAUCUCGUCCGCUGGUUUGAAAAUUUCUGGAGAUUGUCGGAUUUUAGGUAGAAUAAUAGAUCGAUAAAAAUAAGGGUUCCAAUUGGAAUCCGAACUACGAAAUUUGAAGGAUUGGUUUGAGGAGAAGAAAGGAAGUACGUAGCUUUGUGAUCAUUUGGGCCGCUUGUGUGUUUUAAAGUUUAAAGAGGUUAAAGUCAUGUUCUAUGGUGCGGUGGUGUGGGAUCCGUGGCUCAUUGUUGCCCAAAUUGUUUGCCUUCAAUGCCUAUACUAUGUCACCCUCGGGUUUUUUAUGGCGAUUCUUGUUGGCAGUCGCGUACCUCGAAUGAGUCUCGUGUAUGUCUUAGAUUUCGCUACUGUUACAGCUUCAACAAUAACUGGUUGGUGUGUUAUUGCCGCGUUUCUACUCAGCUCGAUUGCCGGAGCUGUUUAUUUGCUUUAUUUGAUUGAGAGGGCAAAGAAGUGUUUGGAUUUCUCAGCCACACUGUAUAUCAUUCACCUUUUCAUAUGCAUCUUGUAUGGUGGAUGGCCUUCAUCAAUGACAUGGUGGCUUGUGAAUGUUACUGGAGUUGCAGUGAUGGCAUUGUUGGGUGAAUAUUUGUGCAUAAGACGUGAGCUGCGAGAAAUACCUAUACCAAGAUAUCGUUCAAAUGUUUGACUGAUGAGAAAAUCGAACCAACAAAGAUAAAAUGUUUCCUUGUGGGCUUAUAGUAGCUGCUGCUGCUGCUUCUUUGCAUCUGGGGGACUUCUUGAUAAAAGCUCAUUGGUAGAGAGUCUUCAACACCUCGGAAAUGCUUGUAGAUGGAACAGAAUAGGAGGAGUAAAGCAUUCAAAUGUCACAUAACAGAACCUUCCAUCCAUCCAUGUGUAAUUUGGGUAGCUUUGAGACAGAUGAUUGCUUUAUUGUUGUUACUGGUAAACGAUUAUAUUGUUUUCUCCCACAAUUAUGAAUCCAGACCGUUUUAUCUUCCCCUUAA